CUCACCAUUUCAGAGGAGGUCCCCCUGGAACAGAGGUACGAGGCCAGAGUGGUGCUGAGCGGAGCAGGAGACGCCCUUGGCUACAACCAAUUGCAACUGGGAGUUUGAGAAUGAUGGAGCGCUCAUCCAUGAGGAAGUGCAGAAGAUAGGAAGUCUAGAGAAGCUGGAUGCCAAAGACUUCCCUGUUAGUGAUGACACCGUCAUGCACCUCGCUACAGCUGAAGCCCUGGUCAAGGUGGGGAAGGGGGAGGGGGAGUCCUUUCUGAAGUGUGUCAUGUCUUGUUGUCACAAUGUAAACAGGACACCCAAUAGUGUUAACAGCAGUGGCAAUGUUUCUGCACGCUGGAGCACGGCACACUUAAACAAACAUGUUGAUCUCCCUUCAAUGCAAUAAUUAUACUCCCUCUCUCUCCGCUGUAGGCAUCACCUGCAUUGACGGCGUUGCCAGGCACAUACGGAGAACUGAGAGGGGCAUUAAGAUUCCCUUCUACAAGAGGGGUGGAGGGUGUGGGUCAGCCAUGAGGACCAUGUGUAUUGGCCUGCACUUCCCCGACCUUGAGUAGGAACACCUGCUGAUAGCAGUCAGUGUGGAGAGUGGGCAUCUGAACCACCACCACCCCACAGGCCCCAUUAGACAUAUUCCCAUGAGAUUGUCCCGUUUGUUUACACAACAUUUUCUAACUACCUGGGUUUACAAUGUAGAAUUAUGUGUAAGCUUCACCUGCUUCUGACUAAUCUUGUUUUUGGGACUCAGCCUAUUUAGAAAAGAGAGUCAUUCUGAAUGGGAAGAGCAAACCCCAGUUCCCAGAGCGCUACGGAGUGAAGGAGAGGGAGGUACAUUUCCAGGGUAUGUGUGGCACCAGUGGGCACGAUGCUCCCAUGAUAGCUUACGAUGCCCUCCUAAAAGCAGGCGACUCCAGGGUUGAGUUGGCCAAUCACGGCUUCUUCUACGGUGGGGACAGCGACUCCACGUCCGCAAUCGCUGUUGCCUGGUUGGGCGCACCGUUCAGCUUCAGAGGAGUGCCAGAGAUCAACUACCACAGGCUGGAGUACCGUGACAGGCGAGCCAGGCUCGGGCAGCAGCUAUACGAGCUCAGGAGAAACCCUCUUGGUGCUGAGAGAGAG